AUGAGUCCAGUAUGUAUAACAUUGACCAUUUGGAUUUUGCUGUUCAAUUAUUCCCGGGCUACUGUGGUGGACGCGGACAUUUACGGUGUGCAGCAUUGGAUUUUAUCCGGCUCACCUUAUGUGAUCUCCCGUAGACCAAUCAACGUGCAAAGGGACGCUGCACUAAUCAUUGAUCCGGGUGUUCACGUCUACGUUGGCUCCGGUUUAGGUAUAAAAAUUCAUGGGAAACUGAUAGCUCGUGGCACAUACGGUCGAAGAAUAGUGUUUCAACGCAUACCACCAAGGGUGAAUUCGCCGAACUCCGUUCAGAACAACUUCCGCAUACCGCGUAAACUUCGAUUGGUCGAAGGAGCAUCGGUGCGACAGGGCUUGCUUCAGAUAUUUACUGCAAAUCGAUGGCGUUACAAUGAACCGAAUAAAUCGAAAUACCUUUCUUGUCACAUUCUCACCACUCGACCGAAUGCGACAACAACUGCCAGAUGGACCAAAACCGAUUGCCGCGCAAUUUGUCAACAGCUUGGCUACGCCGACGGGAAUUUCACUCUUGGUCCUACCGCGCGAAAUCGAACUGUCAGUGUGGAACUAAUGACGCCUGGAUGUCAGGAACACGAACCAACCACACAAUCGACUGAACCGUUCCCCUGUCCCGGGUUUCAAACCAAUGUGUCCGUGGGAAGUACCGCGUGUGAUUUACAAGACCUUACCGGAUUGAACUGCUGGGGUACCGUCGCCUCGGCUUACUCAUCCUACUGGAAAGGAUUGGAGUUUUACAACGCAAGCUUGGAAGAGGUGAAUCUUCCACCGGCACUGGGUGGCAGUUGGGGAAAUACCCGAAUGAAUGUAUCGGCUUCCGUUAUGGAGUACGUUGACAUAUUACACGCAGGUCAGUGA